AAGUAGUACCAAUUUUGGGCGUUGUGGUGUGUGAAUACACUUUCCCACACGUAACCGUACUCCCGUUCCCAUAAACCUUAAAUUUCGCAGACCAAAUCCCGGUUUUGACCCUAAGGUCGAGACCGGACCAAAGGUGUUCGAUCCACCACAUUGUACGAUCGAUGGCGACUCCGAGCGUGACGCGACGGAUCCUUCGAUUCGAAGGUGCGGUUGCGACAGGUAAAAUCGUAAAGCGUAAAUGCGUAAGUUUUUUAUGCAUCUUGUAUAAUAGCUAAAAAUCUAUUGAGUAAGGCCUGUACUAUAUAAAAUAUGAGUUGGUAGAGCUUAGAUAAGUGAAUAUAUGCCUGUAGUUCAUCUCUAAAGUAAAGCAAACUCAUAACAUCUUAACAAAGUUCACAAACAACUUCAGAAUCCAAAUUCUCACAAGCUAUUUUAAGUUUACAUGAUUACAUGCGAGUUUAAUAAUCCAAGUUAGCGAAAUCAAAAAAUCACACAAAAUGUUAUAAAUGAUAGAAGGAAUUUAUACUAUACUACAAUUUAUCAUUAUCGCUUGUCCGAUUGUUAGUUAUCAUAGAUAUGUCAAACAAAAUGUCGUACCUUAUACUAUAAUUCACAUAUAUUAUUUAUGUUUAGCAAAUUUUACUGAUAAAUCAAUCCAUUGGUUUACCUAAUGUUUGAUUUUAUUUUAUUUUACCCAAUCCCAUUAAACACUCGAGCAAAUUUUCUUGGCAAUGUCAUUUAUUUGAUGCAUGCAAUAUCCCAACCAAUAGUUUAUUUGAUGAUUACUGAAAGUUUUCUUUGUGUUCUUCUGUUUUGGCUAUGUGUAGAGUGGGUAAAGAACAAAGAGGAAGAGGCAAUAGCGUUUUGUACUUUAGUCGGGUGGGUGAAAAGAAGAGCUUCGAAUUGAGGAUUAUGGUGACGAAUCGAACGACGCGGAGGAGAAUUUCAGAGGCGGGUAUGGGUUUGGCGGCAGCGGUGGCAGAUGCUUCUUCGUCUAUUGAGAAGGAUUGCAGCGGGCAGUGGGCGGCGGCAGGCGGCAACUUCAGUUUUUUGUCUGUUGAGAAAUGAGAAGGGGAUGCAUAAUUAGGGAUGGGAACGGGAGUGGUAGACAACCCGAUUUCACCCCUCCUUUUUUUUAACAUAAUAAAACAUCGUCAUUUGAUGGAUUUGUGACUUUUUUUACCAUUGUUUGAAAUCGUAUAAAAACAGUUCGAAAACGCAAUUUUAUCACUUUUCACCUAUUUUAACGAUUCUACUUACACUUUUGACUGCUUUUGAGAGCAAAACGAUUUUAUGAGUGAAUUGAAACGUUUUACUGCCCUAAAAACAUAAAAACGUACGAUUUUACGCUUUAAAGUGCGGUUUUGACUGCAUUGUUUGGAGCCACCAAUUAAGCAAUCCAAAGUCCCUAAAAGCGACAUCAGGGAGGGAGACACAUCACCAAACGGAGAGAGGACAGCGGGGAAAGUGAUGAUGAUCGGUGGUGGUGGAUGCCCUAGAGACCGCUUGAAGCGGUGAGGUGGAGCGGCAGUUUAGUGUGCCCGGAGGUGGAGUGAACAGAACUGAAGAAUCGGAGUACUUUGAAAGGAACUGUGAGCGGGCAUCUGAGUUGUUGUUGUUGUUGCUGUUGGAUGGGGACCGAAGGGAGCUUGACGGCGGCUGGAGGCCGGCGAUUGAUGACCCAGCAAUCGUUGACGGAGAAGGAGAAGCAUAAAAGCUUUGGAAGAGAGAGGGAGAGAGAGAGACUUUUGCUUGUUCGAAAACAGUGUGGAUAUCUGCAUCUGCCUCAUUAGUAGGGGUGGGCGUUCGGUCGGUUCAGUUUGAACCGAACCGAACUAGUAUUCCUCGAUUUUCCGAAUCACAACAUCCCUCAACUGAAAUAUAAUCUGGUUCGGUUCAGUCGAACAGAAUUAUAUCUCGGUUCGUUUCGGAUUUUCACCACAUCUGAACUUGUUAGCUUCCCCAGAGAGAACCCAUAUGAGAUUAGGGUCAGGGGAUUAUUCUUUUUCUUUUCUCACUCUCUCUCUCUCCCACCAAACAAGCUUCUCCACCCUUUUCUUCUUUACCUUUUCUCUGACUCUCUCGCCCAGCAAAGAGGCAAAUUAGCUUUCCCCAAUCCUCAUUGAUCCUCCCAGCAAACAACCUUCACCAAACAAAUUUCCCCUAUCUUCUUCUUCGUUACCUUCUCUCUCGCCCCAGCAAACAAGAUUUCAGUGUGUGUGUGUGUAUGACAACGGCAGCGGCAGGAGGGUUGAACCUCCAAUCCCAGUGACGUGCGACGACGACGAGCUGGGUCCGCUCACAAUCGAAGAUUAAAUCUGAGAGCACUGAUGAGGGAAAUAGGAUUAGAAUUGGGUAAACCAUUUUCGACAUGCAUGUAGGUUUCUCGAUUGAUUUUCGAUACUAUGUUUGGAUUUGGGUUUCUGGUCUCAGGGAGGAGAAUAGAGCGGAGAGAGAGAGAAAGGGUCUCGAACUUCAGUGGUCGGCGAGGAGAAAAGAACAGAGAUUAGGGGUGAUUCUGUGAUGUCUCUCAAUUAGGAGGGUUCGGCGACACCUUUUAGUGAUCCUUGAUGGGCAGCGGUGGCGGAGGUGGUCAGGCGGUGACUAGGGAUGGAUUUUACUUAGGGUUAGGUUAGCACUAGCAGAAGACAUGGAGUGGUGAGCUGCAAGAAAUUUAAUUUUGGGCUAUGUUUGGUUUAAGUUGUUAGAGGGUUGGGCUUUGUGAGAGGCUUCAGUAGUCAGGUUGGGCUGUAGGAUUGUGGGUUUAAGUUUCAAAUCGGUUUCUCGAUUCGGCUAAUCGAAAUUCAGGUUCGGCCUGUGUACACUGGUCUCCGAACUAUGACCUUUUGACUUCCGAAUUCCGAACCAAAAAGUAAUAUUUCGAUAUCGAUUCGGUAUAAUUCGAUUUCGGGUCGGUUUGGUUCGAGUUUAUCAAACAGCAUGCCCACCCCUACUCAUUAGUAAUGGCGUAAAAGGAGCCCAAUCUGAUUUAUGUGAGCAACUUAUUGGGCCUAGCCCGACCGAACCCUACUCCAGACUUCACACACACACACACACACGGGGAUAAAAGAAAAGGCAGAAAAUGAACCGAAAACGAAUUAUACCAAGAACACGCAAAGUAGGCGUGACCUGAGCGGAGCGGGAGCUGAAAUGGGGAGGAUACCACCAUCAUUACGUUCAGCAGUAUCAACGUCACUGAUCAAAAGGGCUCCAGAUUCUCAACCCCUUUCCGAUCAACCCCGUCAGUUCCUCCACAAACCCAUCAAACGGAAGCCGGCCAAGGUUUCCGCGGCAGAGCAAGAAUCCGGCCGGCUUCAGCAGAAACCCCUGCUAAAGUCCCCGGAUCUCAAUGACGCCAAGAAGCUCUUCAAUUCCCUCGUCGCCGCCGCCCGCGCCCCACUCGAGGUUCGCUUCAACAACGCUUUCCUACAGUCCUACGCCGCCAUCUCCACUCCGGACAAUUCAAUCUCUCUGCUCCACCACAUGUCCAAAACCCUACCUUCCUUCUCCCCCGACCGCUCCACCUUCCACCUCUUGCUCCCUCACUGCUGUGCUUCGCCGGAAUCCUCCCGCUCCCUCUCCGCCGUCCGCCAGACUCUCAAUCUAAUGGUCAACAAGGGUUUCGACCCUAAUCAAGUGACUGUCGACAUUGCGGUUCGGUCUCUCUGUUCCGCCGGGCACGUCGACGAGGCAGUGGAAUUGGUGAAGGAAAUGGCCUUAAAGCACUGUAAGCCUGAUACAUAUACUUACAAUUUUCUGGUCAAGUCCCUUUGCAAGACCAGGGUUUUGAGCUCCGUAUACGGGUUUAUUGACGAAUUCAAAACUUCCUUUGGUGUGGAACCUGAUCUCAUUACAUACACUAUAUUGAUUGAUAACGUCUGUAACUCUAGGAAUCUUAGAGAGGCCACACGGUUGGUGAGUGUGCUUAAGGAAUGUGGGAAUAAACCGGAUUGUUAUGUGUACAAUACCAUUAUGAAAGGUUACUGUAUGCUGAGUAAAGGGAGUGAGGCUAUUGGGAUUUACAAGCAAAUGAAGGAGGACGGUGUGGAGCCUGAUAUGGUUACGUAUAAUACCUUGAUUUUCGGGUUGUCUAAAUCUGGAAGAGUCAGUGACGCUAGGAAGUAUUUGAAAGUCAUGGUGGACAACGGUUAUCCGCCCGAUGCUGUCACCUAUACCUCAUUGAUGAAUGGUUUGUGCAGAGAAGGGAAUGUGAUGGGUGCAGUGGAAUUGUUGGAGGAGAUGAAAGUGAAAAACUGUGAACCGAAUUCAUGCACAUACAAUACUUUGCUUCACGGGUUGUGCAAGGGGAGGAUGUUGGAGAAAGGGAUUGAGCUGUAUGGGUUGAUGAAACAGGUUGGCAUGCAGAUUGAAACAGCUUCUUAUGCCACAUUCGUGAGGGCACUUUGUAGGGAAGGUAGGGUGGCGGAGGCUUAUGAGGUGUUUGAUUAUGCAGUAGAGAGUAGGAGUUUGACUGAUGUAGCUGCAUAUACUACAUUGGAGAGUACGUUGAAGUGGCUGGUGAAAGCUAGACAGCAAGGCCUAGCUGUUUAAUGGUAUUGUAUUUUGCCUUCAACAUUCAGAGUUCAAUUAGCUGACAACUUCUUGUGCGCCUUUGCUUUAUGAGGCUAUGAUAGAUCCUUUUUUAACAGAGAUGGUGGCACUAAGAGAUGCAAUGUGAUGGGCCUUAGCUAGAGGGGUGCAACAAGUGACAUUUGAAGGGGAUACGAAGGUUGUGUUAGACAAAGUGGCAUCGGGCAUUGUCAAUGAUGCUCCGGGAGCACGAUCUUGGAAGAAUCUUAUCCCUCAAACCUGUUUUCAUUCUUUCAAUGUUAAGUUUAUUGGUCUGUCUUCUAAUAGGGUGGUCCACUUGGUGACCAAAAAGCCCUCUGUAUGUACCCUAUUCUUGUGGGAUUUUAUUUUUGUUUGUGACUAGUAUCAGUCACUGGACUAUUGUAUAUAUAGGUGUCAAAACAUAGCCCGACCCGAUUAACCCGCCCGAUUAACCCGACCUGCAACCCGACCGCAACUCGAAUUGACUAAAACCCGCCCGACCCGCAACCCGCCCGACCCGAAACCCGAUUGACCCGCAACCCAACUAACUCGCAACCCGACUAACCCGCAACUUGAUUAACCCGAAUCCGACUGACCUGCAACCCGACUGACCCGCAACCCGAUUAACCCGAACCCGAUUGACCUGCAACCCGACUGACCCGCAACCCGAUUAACCCGAACCCGAUUGACCCGAACCCGAUUAACUCGUAACCCGAUCGACUCAACCCGAAUUUCAUCUAAUCCACUUGAAUAAUUAUAAAAAUAUACAAUACAUAGUUUUUCAAAAUAAAGUUUUUCAUUCUAA